AUGUCUGGACGUAUCCGACGAGGACUUACCACAGUUCUGGAAUCUAUACAAGCUUACACGAAGAAUGCAACCCAAAUUAUGAACGAAGAUGUGGAUGAAACCACUGCUGAAAAAUUAGGAUUGGAAAAAGCGAAUUUGGAAUCGGCCAUAGCGCUAAUUGCUGAAUUGGACGAUAAAUGGGGUAGUUAUAUAGAUGGCCUUGAUGCACCACAGAAAAUGGCCGAAGAAUCUGUGUACAUGAGUUUCCCGCACAAAGCUGGUAGAUUUGAGGAUGGAAAAGAGGUUCUACUUUCUCAAAGGCACUUUUUGGAUCAGAAUCAAUUUGCCCGUGAGGUCCUAAAUAUGGUUAAGGAAACCAUCAAAAGCCUGGAACGUUCUCGAACCAAUUCUCGACAGUCUGCACUAAGUGAGAGCAAUCAUAGCGUGGAUUUGAAUGACGAAAUAAAUAAUGCUAGAACAAAAAAGUUGGAUGCUAGGAUGAAUAAUGCUGGAAUAGAGAAUCUGAAUGCUAGAAUAAAUCGACUGGAAAUAAAUAAUGCAGGGAGGAAUAAUGCAGGGACGUCUGGAUACCACGCGCCUCAACCACGAGUUAACCUUCCGCUACUUCAAUUGCCGCAUUUUUCUGGUGACGCAAAAGAAUGGCCAACCUUUUGGCAAAUGUUUUCGUCUACGAUCGAUAACGAACCAAGCUAUGAUAAUGUGUUGAAGAUGAGCUACCUGCUUUCUCUCUUGGAUGGACCAGUUCUGAACGUGGUAGCCGGUUACCUGCCUACAAACGAAAAUUACCCUCGUGUGGUGGAGCUAUUAAAAUCUCGAUAUGGGGACUCAAGAGCACUGAAGGAAGCGUUGCAAUCUGAACUGUACCACCUCGCGCCAGCACAUGACUCCGUAAUCGGACUUAGGAAAUUUCUGGAUGUAGUUGAGCGUGUCUGUCGUCAACUCAGUGAUUAUGGGAUCCAAGACGACUCAUGGAUUAUCUUUGCUCUGAAGGAAAAGCUACCCAGAGGGAUACUAGCUAAAUUGAUUGAAAAGGAGAAAAUGGCAGGAAAAACUUGGAAGAUUGAAAAUUGGAGAUCAGAGCUUAACUUGCUCAUAUCAGUAGAAGAGGAAGUGCAAAGAUGUACCGUUAAUAAUGAGCCAGAAAGACCGCCGCGAAGAGAUGGACGACCAUUUUAUCAGCCAGAGCCUACUCGUUCGUUUCCAGUUGCUAGCCAAUAUAAACCGCUCUGUUGCUCUUUGUGCCAAGAAGGAGGCCACUUCCCAAGCGAAUGUACUAAGUAUGGAAAUACACAAGCAAGAAGGGACCGCUUAUUGGAACAGAACCGUUGCUUGAACUGUCUAAGAGAUGGCCACCGAGCUAUUGACUGCCCGAACCACCGUCGCUGUAGUAAAUGCCAGGGACAUCAUCACUUUUUGGUAUGCUUUUUGCGUGAUGUCAGGAAUCAAACUCAACCCAACUUUGGUGGAUUUGCGCAUAGAACUUCCUUUCAGCCUAGUCGUUUUGAACCUGUUGCUAAACAAAGACAAUCUGCUCAGUCAAUAUGGGAAAGAAGGGACGAACCGCACUCUAUUGAUCAUGGGACAAGAUGUGAUGCCAAAUUGCCAGCGCCUAAAGAGAACUCUGUGGUUGCUACCGUUAUGAAUGCUAAUAAGCCCACUGCCUACCUGAUGACAAAGAGAUUGAUGGUUACUGCCAGAGGACGUAAAGAAAGAAUCCCUGUUUAUGUAUUUUUUGACACUGGAAGCCAGACCAGCUUUGUUUCUCGCCGACUAGUGGAAAAACUCAACCCGCCUAGAGGCCGCGAAAUUGACCUAUUGGAGAUUCAUGGAUUUGGAGGAGCUUUGUCUAACCCGCUGAAAAUCCGAUCACCCACGUAUAUGGUUAAGAUACAAAGAACCGAUGGGAACUGGGAAGAAAUUUCGUUAAAUUGUACCGAAGAAAUUGCCACUCCCUUUGACAUGAUAAGUUUUGACGAAUACUUCUAUAACCGUACUGGAGUCGAUAGCCUGGAAGUUGUGCGAGAAAAACCAGAUAUUAUGAUUGGAAUCAAACAAUUUUGGAAAUUCUUUGUGUCAAAAGGGAAAGAAAUAUUGCCUGGUCUUCACUCUAUCCGAACUGUUUUUGGCACGAUGACAGCUGGCGAAACCAACUUUGGAUAUAAUUCUAAUGAAGCGUCUAUGUCUUUGGUGGCAGUACAUUCGAGCAAUGAGAAACAUCUUCCAACCCCUAAUGCUGUAGAGGCUAUGUCUUCACCCACCGUUGGUGAAGUUGUUCUCGUGGAGGAAAACUUUUGGCCUAUUGGGAAAGUGGCUGAGCAUAAUGUUUGUGGACCCAUUUUGCAAAGUUCUCAAAUAAAAAUGGCUAAUGGAAGAAUUGUCACCCGGCCAGUGAGCAGACUUUACCCCCUCGAGGUAAAGCAAAUGGAGGAGGAAAUAAAUGAAAGAGAGAUAGAAAGUAAUGAGAAUAUGAAUGGAACUUUGGUGCUCGAAUUGGACAUCAAAAAAGAUGAAAAUCCCUCUCAAAACAAACCAAAAGUGGAAAAACAAGCUGUAAAACCGCAUCCUAUGGUCACGAGGGCUAAAGCUAAACUGGCAGCAAGUACAUUGAUGGCACUCUGUCUUUGUAUACUGGCGGGAUUAAUGGUCUUUGGUCCACUUGGAAACCAAAAAAUGGAAAAGUUAUCAUACGAAUUACCCACUGAGAGGCUUUUUACUGACUAUCACUGGGUGGCCAAAUUUUGGAAAAACUCGCGAGAAAUGUUUUCGACAGAGAUGAAGUAUCCGGCUUUAAAUGAAUGCUUAUUACUGGACUCCACAUUUGGAAUCGACUUGAUAGUGAACCCUUCGUGCUAUCCUAGCCUUGCUGUUCUUUGGGCACUUGUUACUCUGACCAUGCUUACAGGACUCUGUUCUGUGCUUACUCUUUGCCGAUCUUAUCGUAAAAACUUUCGAAUGAUUGUGGCUAUUGGAAGGAUGGGAUGUCAAUGCUGGAGACGGACGAAAAGAAAGACUGCUUAUACGAGGGCACGCACCAGAGAAACAAUCCGAAAUAAAACAAAAAGCUCAAUACAUAACCGUUUCGGAAACUGCUGCCAUAGAGGACAAACUGGAAUUCAAUGCGUCUUCAAUCAAGCUGCUACACUCACUUUAUGGCACGCGGGACAAUCUGAUGCUAUGAUGAUCCGAGAUGACAGAAAGAAACAAGUGAAGAAAAGAAAAACCAUUGGGGGCCCGGGAAUGUCGCGAAAGGCGACAAUUAGAAUUUAA